AUGUCACGGCCAAACCUCAACUUCGGUGGGAAGGUCAGUUUCUUCAACGAGGAUAGUGGGAAGCCCUAUGUAAAUAUGAAGGAAGAUGUUGAAAUGGCGAUAGAAUAUGGGGUCGAUGGAGUCGUGAUCUCCAACCACGGAGAACGGCAGGUAGACGGCGUUCCGGCUGCCAUUGAUGCCCUUAGAGAAUGUGAGCCUGUCGCACGAAGAAAGAUCCAAAUUGGCUUAGAGGGUGGGAUCCGACGUGGAUCAGACGCCUUUAAGGCUUUGGCUCUCGGGGCACAGCAUUGUUUUGUUGGGCGCGUCCCGCUUUGGGGUCUGGCGUAUAACGGCCAAAAUGGCGUCCAGCUGUCCAUGACGAUAUUACAUCGCGAGCUAAAGACCAUGAUGGCACUAGCCAGGGAUGUGAACCGUAUAUCGAUUUUUAUGCGCGUUGCUAACUAG